AUGUCCGACGCCGAAGUUUCUAUAUCCUCUACCCCGGUCCAGGACGGAAAGAAAUACUCCAUCAAGGUCCCUGGAGGCGGAGCUCUAAGCGUCGUCCCAGGAAAAUACAAGAACGAAGAGGUCCACAUCCGAUCCUGGGAAAACGCCAAAAACCAGCUGUGGGUGGCGGAAGCCAACGACGGUGGCUUUGGAUUCCGCAACGCAAGUUCCGGAAGGUUGCUGGGGGUGAACAAGAAUGGAGAUAUCGCAGUUGACGCGGAUAAGCUGGAUUCCUGGGAACGGUUCAAGUUCUUGAGCGUCGAGUCCGGGUAUCUCUUUUGGGUUAUCUACAACGGCACACAGCAGUAUCUUUACCGACCUGCCCAGUGGGAUUCUCUUCAAAUCACGACUCAUCAGUCCAGUGCUAUUUCGCUGCAGAUUCACAAAGAAUGA